GCGCCGCUAAUUAUACGUGAAAAAAGAAUUUGCAGGGAAUUUUAUUUUUGAGCUGAGGCCGCGUAAAACUCGAGAGAGGGGAAAUGAGCGAAUAAGAGGGAAAAAAAAAACAAAAAAAUGACAGCUGCAAGAAAGAGUCGUCUGCCACUCCGUACUGACGCCAUUGUGCGACUCCAAAAUAUAACCACAAAUAUGACACUUUCAGCGAUAUUAAAUUGUAACUUUCAUCAGAUUUUUUGAGCUUUCAAGUUCAACUUACACUUACAGAACAAAUGUUGUCGAUAUCGACAACACGUCACUUUCAGCAGUUAUUAAUUAUUAAUACACUCGGGCCCCGUAAGCAGUCCCGUUAAGCUAGUUAAUUGGUCAUAAGUUCGGGUAAACAGUGAAUAUUAAGUGAUAGCCACCCUGACUUCCAACAAUACUUCAGUGAAAAUGCCAGCCGUUGUUGCUGGCAGUAACCAACGUAACGAACGCAUGCGGCAAGCUCUCAAGAUUCACAUUAUGCGGGAGAGGCAACGCAAAAAACAAGAGCAAGAGGCUGACGAAGAAGAGGAAAGACAGAGAAAGGAAAGGGAGACCAAACAAAAGCAGAAUGUCAUGACAAUAGGUGAGACUAGAGAACAGAUUGCUCAGGUUGAAAGAGAACUAGAAGACCUAAGGAAGGAGAAGCAUGAGCUGUUUGGACAAUUGAAAAAAGUUCUACACGAAGAUGAUAAUAGAAAAAGACUGUACAAAGAAACAAUAGUUUCUUCAGAGCCAAUGCAUCAAAUUGGAGGAUAUCCCGAGGCUACUGUUGUUCACCCUCACCUGUACAUACCGCAUCCAACAAGAAGUCCUAUUUAUAAAGUUGCAGCAGUUACACCCUCUCACACUUUACUUUCAAGUGGUCCUGUAAAACGCUCACACAGCCCAUCGCCUCCACCAUCAGCACCAACAGUAUACCAUCCUGGUUAUGGUUAUAAGCCACCUCUGUCUAUGCCAAGUUAUAUUCCAACUCCAUCAAAGUCGGAAGAUGCAGCUAGGAGAUCUGGUGAUGCUCGAGUUGUUCUUUGGAACAAGUCACCGAGCCAGUUUACUAGCUCAAGUUAUUAUCCACCUGGAACUUACGAUUUUUGUCCGCCCACGUCGCAAACCAACAGACUACCCGAAUCUGGGAAACCUGUCUACCUCACGGCUACUCGAACACCGCUUCCAACAGUUCAAACAUCCCCAUACACGGAGGACAAAUUUUAUCCACGCCCUGGAAGCCAUGUGGCCGUUCACGGUGGAGCAAUUCCAAUUCAACAACCUCCACAGGGGGCCAAGACAGGUGGCAUAACUAGUGGCUAUCCGGUUAGGGCGCCGCAGCCACCACCUCCACAAAAUCCGUAUCCACCACACCCAUCAGGUACAUACGUAAGUGUUGCCGGCGCACCGGCACCAGGGCGACUUUUGUACACUCAACCUACUGGACCUCGGUAUAUUCAAAGAGAUGUUUGAAAAAUCGUAUGCAAUAUUUAUCUGUAUCAUAUUUCACAAUAAUAUUUAUAAGCACAGAGAAUUUUAUUUACGUACACUUGGUACAAAGUGUACUUGUAUCAUGUGUUAUUUUCAAGAAUUUUUCAACAAGUUAAGUUAUUGAACAAAUUUAUUCUCUCUUUUCUGUCAAAAAAUAUACGAAUUUGAAUUAAAAUAGAAAAUAAGCUUACAAUUAUUUAGACUUUAGGCAAUCCUUGAGAUUUUUGUAUGUACCUUACUUACAAUAUAUUCUUCAGUUUACUUAAAAAAAGUUGAAAAAGUAUUACAAAAUUAUACAAUAUAUAUA